GUUUAUACUAUUUUACAGCUCUGCCUCCUGCCCUUGAGGUGUGAGUCAGCCAGAUUUCUUUUCCUGUGGCCGUUCAGGACAGCAUUGUCAGUUUUCAGUCUGUGAGAUGUCAGAAGAAGGAAAGCAGAGCACCACACCUGCCCCUGCAUCCACUAUGGACACGAAGUCUGAGUCCACAGCCUCGCCACCAACCGGCCAGGGGGUUUCAUCUGUGUCUCCUCCGGUGUCCACCGUAACACAGCCGGCACCGCCUCCAACUGAGGAUGAGGAGGAGGAGAGCGAAGAUGAAUCUGAGAUUCUGGAGGAAAGCCCCUGUGGACGUUGGCAGAAACGGAGAGAAGAGGUUAACCAGCGCAACGUGCCAGGUAUCGACAAUGCUUAUCUUGCCAUGGACACGGAGGAAGGUGUGGAGGUGGUGUGGAAUGAGGUCAUGUUUUCUGAACGAAAGAACUUCAAACUCCAAGAGGAAAAAGUGAAAGCGGUGUUUGAUAACCUCAUCCAGCUGGAACAUUUAAAUAUUGUAAAGUUUCACAAGUACUGGGCAGAUGUGAAGGAGAACAGAGCCAGGGUUAUUUUCAUCACAGAGUACAUGUCUUCUGGAAGCCUGAAGCAGUUUCUAAAGAAGACAAAGAAGAAUCACAAGACCAUGAAUGAAAAGGCAUGGAAACGCUGGUGCACUCAGAUAUUAUCUGCCUUAAGCUAUCUGCAUUCAUGUGAACCUGCCAUUAUCCACGGGAACCUGACCUGUGACACCAUUUUCAUACAGCACAAUGGACUCAUUAAAAUCGGCUCAGUGGCCCCAGACACCAUUAAUAACCAUGUUAAAACAUGUCGGGAGGAACAGAAGAGUUUGCACUUCUUUGCACCAGAGUAUGGAGCUGUUGCCAGUGUCACUACAGCUGUGGACAUCUAUUCCUUUGGAAUGUGCACCUUAGAGAUGGCUGUGCUGGAAAUCCAAAGUAACGGAGAGUCCUCAUAUGUUUCACAAGAAGCCAUUAAUAGUGCCAUCCAGUCUCUGGAGGACCCACUGCAGAGAGAGUUUAUUCAGAAGUGUCUAGAGGUGGACCCCAGUAAGAGGCCCACAGCCAGAGAGCUGCUUUUCCAUCAAGCUCUGUUUGAAGUGCCUCUUUUGAAACUAUUGGCUGCACACUGUAUCGUCAGUCACCAGCACAUGAUCCCUGAAAAUGCAUUAGAGGAAAUUACCAAGAAUAUGGACCCCAACCAGGUCAUAUUGGAAAGGAAAGAGGUCCAACUAAAACUUUCACAGUUUCCUGCUUUGGAGCUUGACAAGUUUCUUGAAGAUGUGAGGAAUGGGAUCUAUCCAAUGACUGCCUUCGGCAUGCCCUGCCCACAGCAGCCUCAGCAAGAGGCUGUCAAGUCCCCCAUUGUGCCACCCUCUGUCAAAACACCUACGCCUGAGCCUGCAGAGCUGGAGACCAGGAAGGUUGUACAAAUGCAGUGCAACAUCGAGCCUGUGGAGGAAGGAGCAAAACAUCAUCUGACCUUACUGCUAAAACUGGAAGAUAAACUGAACCGACACUUGAGUUGUGAUUUGGCACCAAAUGAGAAUGUACACGAGUUGGCUGUGGAACUGGUCCAGCUUGGCUUCAUUAGUGAGGGGGAUCAGCCACGUCUCACUACUGUGCUGGAAGAGGCGUUCUCUAGAUUCUACAGCCGUAACGGCUCGCUGAAUCCUGUGACUGUUUCCUCGUAGCAGAGGGACCAGUCUGCCUGCUCCUCUCCACCGUCCUUCAGCUUCAUGCACGGGACGGGACGGGACUCCAGUGCUUCAUCACUUGGUGGAUUGUGUGCGAGCUUUGUUCGGAGGGAUCAGAACGCCUCGAACUGAACCUCCGAAAGAAAAGCACCCCUGCGCUCUGUUCUUCACACCGCUUUUUUUUUAGGUGGUGGAAAGUGUUGGCUGAUGGUUCCUGUGUACAUUUAUUCUGUCAGUGUAGCAGUCUGCUUCUCUGUUUUAAAAGAAGAAAAAAAUGACUCGUUAUUAUUUAAAUCAGUAUUAUGAGCGGUAUUUUGAGGUGUUUGCUUACAGUAUGUGUGGGAUCAGUUACUUCUGGUUUGCACUUUAGCAAAUUGUUGUCUUUUUAGGCACAUCACAUGCAUAUUUCAUGAUCUUUUAUUCACCCUUUCAAUGAUUCAUUUAUUCUUUUUUUAUUAUUGUAAGAGGAAUGCAUUGUGUUCUUUUGAAAUUACCAAAUAACAUUGUCUUUGUAUCUUUUAAGGCACACGUUCAUUGUGGUUAACUUUGGUCUGCAAUGCAAGAUCUACGACAACUGUGAAAGGAAAGGGGUUCUCCAAGCAUUGAAAAAAGCAAACAGAUUAUUUAUUUAUAUGCAUAUGGUCUGUCUUGAAGCGUGUUUCACUUUCAUCAUCAUGGCGGUUUUUUUUUUUUUUUUAUUGUAUUUUUUAGUACCUGUGAAUGUAUGCUGUAAGUUUUCAUUUUAAUGGCUUCUAAGAGAAGGGCACUUGAUUUGACUGUUUUCCCUGUAUAUGAUACAAAUAUGAGUUUCAGUGUAAAGAAAUGAUCGCCAGUGCACCUUACGUGUUAAAAUGUGCCUUCAGCAGACACAAUCCAUGUUCAGAAGAUCCGUAGACUGACAAAACACCUUGUAUGAUUCCUUUUUUUAUUGUGCAGAUCCUGUAGUGGUGUUUUCUUUCUCAGCUGGUCUGCAUGCUAAUAUACUGUUACAAUUUUUUUUUAUAUUUACAGUAUAUUAAAACUCCUAGGGUUUCUGGUGGUGCGUUUACUGGGCAGCAUAAUUUGGAGCGAGUUUGCACUGAUUUGUUUUAUGUUGAUGGCAAUAAAUUUCAUAUUCACCUCGAUGGUACAUCAAC